AUGGCGGCGCUGGUGUCAUCCUGGCUGGAGCGCUUUGCUCAUGCGCUGGAGGGCGGAGAAGAAGAGGUGGUGCAAGUCUUUGGGGCGGAGUGCUACUGGCGCGACAUCGUCGCCUUCACGUGGAACAUCAAAACCAUGGAAGGCCACGAGGCCAUUCGUGACAUGGUCCGGGGCAGCGCGCCCCGAGCGCAGAACUGGGCGCUGAAGGGAGAGCCGAAGGAGGACUCUGAUGGCCGAAUCGAAGCGUGGCUCACCUUCGAGACGGAGCAGUUGAAUUGCGUGGGCCACGUCCGGCUGAACGAAGACGGCACCUCCUGGACUUUGACCACGAUCGGAGACGAGCUGAAGGGCUACCCCGAGCCCUGUGGGCCCAAGCGCUCCGAGGGUCGGCCCUACGGCUCCCUGCGGAACCGCGUGCCCAUCAGCAGGCAAGCGGAAGAGGCGAAGGCGGCACUGGGAGCCAAAGAGCAACCGUUUGUGGUCAUAGUGGGUGGCAGCCAGUGUGGCUUAGCCCUGGCGGCGCGCUUGCAACGCCUCAACGUGCCGAACAUCGUGCUGGACAGCAACCCUCAGCCCGGCGACAGCUGGCGGAAUCGCUAUGACUGCCUUCACUUGCACGAUCCAGUUUUUGCCAAUCACCUGCCACACCUGCCAAUGCCUGACCACUGGCCUUUGUGGCCACACAAAGACCAGAUGGCGGAUUGGUUGGACAUUUAUGCACGGGUGAUGGAGGUGAACUUCUGGGGUCGUUCCACGUGUUUGUCCUCCACCUGGGACGCCACGCAGAAACACUGGACCGUGAAGGUGGACCGAAAUGGAGAGGAAGUGACUUUGAGACCGAAGCAUUUGGUGCUGGCCACGGGGCUCUACGGCAGCCCCUACAUCCCGAAUCUCAGCGGCCAAGACACCUUCCCUGGUGACGUCCUUCACUCCUCAGUGUUUGUGAACGGGAAGAAAUAUCAAGGGAAGAAGGCGGUGGUGGUGGGCUCCAACACCUCGGCGCACGACAUCGCCGAAGACCUCUGGGAGUGUGGCGCAGAGGUGACCAUGGUCCAACGUAGUCCGACCAUGAUCAUCCACAUCGACACGCAGCUGAAGACGGUCUUCGGCCUUCACGAUGACGAGGCCAAGGCCAAAGGCAUCACCACCGAGGAGGGCGACUUGAUCUCCACGACCUAUCCCUUCAAAGUGGUCACGGAGCUUCAGAAGAAGCGCUGCCAAGAGAUUCGCGAGACGGAUGCCGACUACUACAAGAAACUGGAAGCUGCAGGCUUCCGGCUGGACUUCGGCGAGGAUGAGACGGCCAACAUCAUGAUGUUCCUCCGCCGCGGCGCUGGCUACUACUUCGACACCGGCGCCUCCGAUUUGAUCAUCCGGAAGGAGGUGAAGCUGCAGCAGGGCGACGUGAAAGGCUUCACUCCCGGUGGCCGCGUGCUGCUGGGCGACGGCACGGAGCUGGAGGCGGACGUCGUGGUGCUGGGCACCGGCUACCGACCCUUGAACGACACGGUCUCCAGGUUCCUGGGGAAGGAUGUCACCGAAAAGCUGGGCCGCGUCUGGGGCUUGGGCAGCGGCUUCGAGGGCGAUCCUGGCCCUUGGGAGGGCGAGCUGCGCAACAUGUGGAAGCCCACGGCGGUGGAGCAUCUCUGGGUGCAGGGUGGAAACCUGGGCUUCUCCAGGAACUAUUCCAAAUAUUUGGCACUUCAACUGCAAGCACGCUUCUUGGGCCUCCCCACUCCGGUCUACGGCGCCCCUAGCGCGGCUAUCGCCGGCACGUCCGGUCGAGGGCUGAACCGCGGUGGCUCGUGA